CCAGCCAGCCUCGCUGUUUUUGCCCCACACGUUCACAAGCCAGACAACGGCGGCGACGACCAAGAACACAAGACUCCAGAGAGAAUUCUUCGUCCCUCCUCGUCUUCUUCUUCCUCCCCACUUGCGCGGCCAGGCCAGGGGCAUCCACCACCCCUUCUCUUCUCCUCUGUCAUGAGUAGGUGAGAGAGGUGUGAGCCAGAGACCAGCCGUCCCGUCGCCGUCGCCGUCGGGACCUCCAUCCCUCCCAACCCAGCUUUGACUGGACCGGCCCGCCCCUUUCCUUCCGCCGUCAGCACUUCGGGCCAACUAUCCCCUCCGCUCCGCUGCUUCCGCGCGCGUGCGUGCGCCUAUCAUCGCCCUCCUCCCCCCCUUUCCCCGUCCCUUCCCUCCCUGCCCGGAUCGGACCCCACCUCCGCCUCCCAGGACCACUGCUCUGCUCCUGCUGGGAUCUCCCCUCGUCGCCGGCAACCGCGCCGCACCGCACCCAAGCAGCAGCAGCAGCGAUGAGGUGCCUGCCGUUCCUGCACGGCGGGGACGCCAAGGACGACGACCGGCGCACGGGCCCCAGCGCCGGCAUGUCGGCCUCGGUGCGCUCCUUCAGCACCGAGGAGUCCACGGAGCGCGGCGACCCGCGCUCCGGCUCCGACCUCAACUCCAUCAACGUCUCCGACAUGAGCGCCGAGUCCAUCCGCCGGACGCAGUACCCCAGCUUCACCGACCGCCCCGCCAACCUCCGGGUCUUCACCUUCCCCGAGCUCAAGGCCGCCACCCGCAACUUCAGCCGCUCCCUCAUGGUCGGCGAGGGCGGCUUCGGCUGCGUCUACAGGGGCGUCAUCAAGGGCUCCGACGACCCCACCGAGCGCGUCGAGAUCGCCGUCAAGCAGCUGAACCGCAAGGGAGUCCAGGGGCAGAAGGAGUGGUUAACAGAAAUGAACGUGCUUGGGAUUGUUGAGCACCCAAACCUUGUCAAACUGAUAGGUUACUGUGCGGACGACGAUGAGCGGGGAAUGCAGCGGCUUCUGGUAUACGAAUACAUGCCCAACGGAAGCGUGGAUGACCACUUGGCAAGUAGGUCAACCUCAACUCUGUCAUGGCCAAUGAGACUGAAAGUAGCUCUUGAUGCUGCUCGUGGACUCAAGUAUCUGCACGAGGAGAUGGACUUUCAGGUUAUUUUCCGAGACCUGAAGACAUCUAACAUUCUAUUAGAUGAGAACUGGAAUGCAAAAUUAUCAGACUUCGGAUUGGCUAGGCAUGGACCACAGGAAGGGCUAUCCCAUGUCUCCACAGCGGUUGUUGGAACUCUAGGAUACGCCGCGCCGGAGUACAUGCAAACCGGGCGCCUCACCGCAAAAAGUGACAUAUGGGGCUACGGCGUGCUCCUCUACGAGCUCAUCACCGGCCGGCGUCCCAUCGACCGGAACCGCCCAAAGGGCGAGCAGAAGCUCCUGGACUGGGUGAAACCGUACAUCUCCGACGUCAAGCGGUUCCCCAUCAUCGUCGACCCGCGGCUCGAGGGACACUACAACCUCAAGUCCAUGACGAGGCUGGCCGGCGUGGCAAACCGCUGCCUCCUGCGGCUACCAAAGACGCGCCCGAAGAUGAGCGAGGUGUACGAGAUGGUCCAGAAGAUCGUCGACAGCGUCGAGAUCGGCCCACCGGAGCCUCCCCUGCACUACCACGGCUCGGUGUCCGGACCGGGCGCAAAGCGGACCAAGAAAGGGUCGCUGAAGAGGAGGCUCCAGGAGUUCAAGUUCGGGUGCCGACAGAUCGUGUGGCGGGGCUGGAAACCUGAGAUCAUAAAGACCUGCUGAAAUGGAUGCCACCCUCCUCCUGCCUGUGACUGGAAUGAUUCAGAUUCAAGCAAGAUGUGACCUGAACCUAAUGGAUUUCUGUCCACCAAUCGGAGGAUGCGCCUUAUCGGGAGCUCGAUGCGGAAUGAUCUGAAUAUCUGAUGCUGGGUGGUACAGGUACAUUCCUGCCGGCCAUCCUUUUUGCUCAGAUAAGACCCAGACCCAGAUGCUCACAUCAGAAAGAGACCCCUUUGUACAACUGGGAGAAUUUCUUGGUGCUAGCACAUACUCCCUCCGUUCGGAAUUACUUGUCUUGAAAAUGAAUGUAUCUAGAACUAAAAUACGUCUAGAUACAUCCAUUUCUGCGACAAGUAAUUCCGAACGGAGGGAGUACAUAGGAUAGGGGAGGCUACAAGUCAGCUCGACUUUUCGAUCGAACGGUCUGCGUGAUCGAUCAUUUGUUACCAUAGAUGAUGAUCAAAUCUUCACCACCGCAAAUUUUUGCCGGAGAAGAAAAGAGGUCCCGGUGCUGGUCUCAUUCUGCUGUUCCCCUGUUGCUGUAGCCUGUAGAUUGUGCUGUUGGCUGGAGGCAGAGAAAUUCUGUUACUUUCUGCACAGCGAACACUUUCCAUUCCAUCAUCAAACAUCUUCCUCCCCAACUUACUUUCUCCGGUGAUAUGGUGCAUGUGGGUGGAGCAGAAUUGGAGGCAGAUCUUCCUGUGGUGGGCAGCAACUGUGGGGCUCCUUUCGGCUUCGACGAAUCGGACCGGUCGGUCGUCCGAUUCGCCUGUCGACGAAGAAUCAGAAUAGAUGGAAGCCUGGCCUUUCUCCCCCCUCCUUGCUGUGAGGUGAUGUCCCUCUCGUCUCCCCUGACAUCUCAUAUGCCUGCCCUGUCAAGGCCAUCACCAUUCCUGGUGCCCAUCAUCUUCAGAGAUUAGCACAUGGUUUGUGUGACGACGGUGCAUCGUCUUCAGAAAACCAGGUGCAGAGUAUGUGUGACAUGUGGAGCAGAUGGUGAUCUGCCCAACCUGCCACAUGGUUUGCCAUUUGCAGCCACUGCUUUGCCAAUAGCUACUGACGGCGAGGGCUACCUGCCGAGAAAUCCGGCAGCAUUCAUGCAGCUCCUUUCCUCACUAGUUUAUGGCUUUUCUUCCCUCGCGGAAAGUUUCAGAGUUAAAAAUCGUCCAGAGGUCACCAAAUUUGUUAGGUUCUGAAGAAAGUGAGAAAUUUUCCGGUUCUCGGUCCAAUCGCCGCCGCCCCGUCCCCCAACGCCGGCCGUUUCUCGUCGACGUCGUCGCCGUCAUCGGCUUUGGAUGUUUCUUCAUGUUAUUAAUGCAAUAUAUACUUUUCCUUUUCCUCAUUUUUUCAUUCUGAACCGAAAACCUGUCACAUUGACAUGAACAAUGAGGCCCCUCUCACCGAGCAUUUAGGAACGGGACGGGCGAUGACUGAUGCCGGCCGUGUCGGAUCCAAGUCACCCUGACUAAGAUCGGUCGCUGUGUGACCCUACGUUCAUUAAUCAAUUAGCUUCAUUA